AUGUCGUGGAAGCCCACUGAGAAGCUCAUGCAAACUAUUGGGCACUAUGCCAGCUUUCCGCCAACAGGAGUCAGUCUUAGACAGAUGGUUCAAUUUGGAGACAAGCCUUCUGCUGGGACACUUUUCCGUGCGUCACAAUUUCUCUCCGAAGAGCUUCCAGUCCGUCUCGCGCACCGUGUAGAAGAGCUGGAUAAACUACCCGAUGGUCUCAAUGACAUGCCUUCCAUCAAGAAAGUGCGAGACUGGUACGCUCAAUCCUUUGAAGAAAUCACAACCCUUCCGCGACCUUCAUUAGACACUGAAACCCGAGACCGCCUCCUCAAUCCCCCCAAGAAGUCCAGCACAAAACUCUCCGCCACUACACGCAAUCCCAGUCUCAAGGACCAUGGCAACGGCAACGGCAAGAGCGGGAUGAAUUCGCGUCGCUAUUUUGCUGCUCUGGACGACGGCAAAGAGUGGCCUCCAAUCCUUUCCGAAUACAACCGCAAAUUCGCUCGAACGCUGGAAAUCAUCAAGAGAAGACACGAUCCUGUUGUCACAACUGUGGCUCAAGGAAUCAACGAGUGGAAGCGCAAGCAACAACGCAUGCAGAUUGAUUCGUCCAUUCAGUCCUUCCUGGACCGUUUCUAUAUGUCACGCAUCGGUAUUAGAAUGCUUAUUGGGCAACACAUUGCGUUGACAGAUCAGACCACCAACAGACACCCCAAUUAUGUUGGUAUAAUAUGCACAAAGACAAAUGUCCGAGAACUAGCAGAAGAGGCAAUUGAGAAUGCCAGAUUCGUAUGCGAGGACCACUACGGCCUGUUUGACGCUCCCAAGGUCCAACUCUUCUGUCCACCUAACCUAACCUUCAUGUACGUGCCAGGCCACCUGUCGCACAUGCUCUUCGAGACCCUCAAGAACUCACUGCGUGCCGUGGUGGAGACACACGGGGCUGAAAAGGAAGAGUUCCCUGUGACCAAGGUGAUUGUGGCUGAGGGGAAAGAGGACAUCACGAUCAAGAUCAGUGACGAGGGAGGUGGAAUUCCACGGUCUGCCAUUCCACUCGUCUGGACCUACAUGUACACUACAGUCGAUACCACACCAGAGCUGGAUCCCGGAUUUAAUGCUAGUGACUUUAAGGCGCCGAUGGCUGGGUUUGGGUAUGGUUUGCCACUUUCGAGAUUGUACGCAAGGUACUUUGGCGGAGAUUUGAAACUGAUAUCAAUGGAAGGAUACGGCACAGACGUCUACCUCCAUCUCAAUCGACUUUCUUCAUCCGCCGAGCCUCUGCAAUAA